UCACCAUCAAAGCCUGUUAUGCCUCAGUCCGUUCAGUGGAGCAGGUGAUUGAUGGCAGGUCAGAGAAGCCAGUGCUUGUUUGAGGGGGAUACAUUUUGAGGCUGUGAUAUCAUCAAAGUUCAACGGCAAGGGAAAAUUUUGUGAAAAGAGGAUUGACAUAUGGUUAAGAUGUUUCCUCCAAUGACUAGAUGAAUUGACAUAUUUGUCGGGUUAAAAAGACAACCUCCUUUUAUGCAAAGGAAAUUUGUUGAAACCUUAAUAAAGGCAGCCCAAAAAAAUGACUACCAGGAAAUUUAUUCCAAAAUUUUUUGCCAAACCCUCUGAUGGCAAGAAAACCACUCAAGGGGAAACACCUACUGUGGACAAAGAGAAUUUUAAAGACAGUGAAUUUGAGGACUUUAGUAGCACCUAUAAGACCCAAAAGCUGCACAGGUCGAGAUCUGGGCGACUCAAGGAAUUCAGCAAACUCAGAUUAGCUCUAUCCAAAGAUACAUUUGAGGCUCCCUCAACUGCACAAAGUGCUCCUGUCACAUCAAUGUCGAAACCAGCCAGUGGAUUGGGUGGAAGAGAGCUGCCAGGGUUUGAGAAAAUGAGAGUCAGCCGGUCACUCCAGUCUCACAUUAACCCAUCUGCGGACGGCACCUCAGCACCUCCAAGAAAUUCAUCAGGGGAAGACAAUUUCAGAUAUGGUCUCGAUGAGAAUGAAAUAUUUUAAACACCCAUGACUUACUAUUUAGAUUUUUUUAUGCAGCCAUUUGGGAGGCAUCUUUUGUGAUUAUCAUUAUGUUUCUUAUUAUUAAAAUAGUUAUAAGUUUUGAAUUGUGAUUUAGGCAUUUAAGGUAAUAAAUAAAUAAAUGUGAGUGACCAAUGCACUUA